GUUGUUGUGCCGUGGUGGCUGUUCAUUCGAAUCCUGACCGCGGUUGCGAGCGCUUGGCGUUUGGUAGUGUUUCUGGUGAGCUUACCUCGUCGUUUACACCGGUUCUUCCUCUGGCUGGAAUUUGUUGACGUUCUGGAUACGCGGGCUCAAGAUUUUCUUUAGUUUAUUAAAUUAGCACGAAACUGGUGGUUGUGUGAUAUCCGAGUGGUUAUCUAAUACAGGGUUUAUUUUCUGCUCUUUCUUCCAUACCUGUGCUGUUCCACGCAAACAGGAAGCGCACGCGGUGGUGCAGUUUGACAUGGUGGUAAUCGUCUGCAGCAGAAGAGUGGCGUCGAUUGCUCAGUGCGGUUGAAGUUCCUAGCCGGAAAACGUUAGACGUGAAAAAACAGAAAGAGGUAACGACUUCUGUGGGGGAGUUAGGGAGCCUUUGGUGUUGCUAGAAGUGAAAUGUGGAAGCAAAUGUUGCAGUAAAACGCCUUGAGGUGAUCGUUUGCGUUUUCCACCUUUCCAGGGCAGCAUUACUCGACUGUGGCGAACCUACUAGAAGAAGUGCGCUAAAGUCUUCUGAAACUAGUGCUAGUGAAGUUCGGUUCAAACCAAAGGCGAAGCAAGGAAAACUAGUUUUCCAACAGCGACCUCGUUCAGACUUGGCCAGGUCUCGAGCAACUACUCCAAGGGAGCGAAAAAAAAAGUGCAAUUGAGAAAAAAGUAUCUACCAUCCUAAUACGUAAUCCAUCUAAUGCUGUGCAUUGCGCGGCCUCCAAGUCGUGUGUCGAGUCGAGUGUUGCCUUACCCCUACAACAGCUCUGAGCAGAGAGCUCUGCAAUAACGAGGCCGAACGUGUGCUGUUGGCAAUUACCUGGCUCUGCUUGCCUGCCUGCCUGCCUUAGUUCAGAGUGUGUUGUGGUACAAGAAUUGUGCAAAAUAAAAAAAAAUUGAAGAAAAAAUUCAUAUAGCAACUCGAAGAGCACCUUAAUCAUUUGAGGCAAGACCGCGCGGUAGCUUAUUUUGUAAGCUUAAGAAACGAAUCAAACCGAAAGAAGAAAAAAAAAUCAAUCACCAACGAUGCUUGCGUCCAACGGAAAGCCGUUUUCGUUCGAUAAGUCCGAGAUCAAUCCGGCCCGGAAGAAGCAAUCCGUCAAGCACACGGUGCUGGACGUGAUAAUCUUUCUGCUCACGUCCCUCGGAUAUAUCAUUCAGGCGGUCUACUACACCCUCUUUGGAAAGCCGAAGAAAGAUCUCAACGGGGAGCUGGCCCUCGUCACCGGAGGCGGAGGCGGUCUCGGGCGGCUGCUAGCCCUCCGGUUAACCAAACUGGGCGCCAAGGUCAUCGUGUGGGACAUCAACCAGGCCGGUAUCGAUGAGACGGUCAAAAUUGUCAAAUCGUUGGGUGGCUUCUGCAAAGGCUACAAGGUGGACAUUUCUAACAAAGAACAGGUCUACAAGUUUGCCGACCUAAUGCGAGAGGAAGUGGGUGAUGUAUCGCUUCUGUUCAACAACGCUGGCGUUGUUUCCGGCAGAGCACUACUGGACACUCCGGACCAGCUGAUCGAGCGAUCGUUCAACGUGAACAUAUUGGCACACUUUUGGACCACCAAAGCUUUCCUGCCAUCGAUGCUGGAACGGGACCACGGACACAUCAUCACCAUCGCUUCCUUGGCGGGUCACGUCGGAAUUUCCAAACUGGUCGACUAUUGUUCGAGCAAAUUUGCCGCGGUGGGUUUCGAUGAAGCACUUCGGAUAGAGCUGGAAUAUAUGGGUGCAAAUGGAGUUUUCACCACCGUGAUCUGCCCCUUCUUCAUUCAGGCUACCGGAAUGUUCGACGAUGUAAACUCGAGAUGGGUACCAACGCUUGAUUCCAACGAUGUGGCCGACCAAAUCAUUGAGGCAGUUCAGAAAAAUGAGAAAUAUAUCAUUGUUCCGGGCUAUCUUCGUGCGAUGCUGGCAGUAAAAUGGAUCUUCCCAUGGGGUUGCAACUCUGGGUUCCUUCGCCGGAUAGUCCCGGAUGCUACUCCGCAGCACGUAGUCACCCCGGUUCAAACCCCAAAGGGACUGCAAAUGAAUGGAACCGCCCACCCACUGGAUCAAGCCUCAUCGGACAACAACAACGUGAAAAGUUCCCCGCUCCUAGUGCAUCGACUGUCCACCGGAGAACGAGUUCUGUAAAAAAAGAGAACUUCCGGUUGCAAGCUUAACCGGGACUACGGGCAGCUACAAAACGAUACCCUACAUAGUUUAUACGAAAAACUUUUAAUAUUGCCCAAGAAAACCGACAGGACUGAAAACGAGAUAAUAAUGUUAAUACGACACUGGGUUCUCAUUUCAUCGGCCUUUUCGCUUCGAGAAGUAACAUACAACUUAAAGGAAUGUAAUGGAUUGUGAUUAAACAAGAAAAAAAACAAGAUAAACGACAAGGGGAAGCAAACGAAAGGCUUAGAAGAUUUACUUACUAUGUGAUUAUGAAAAAAAAAACAUUAGACGUUAAAAAGUAAUGCUGGAUCAUUCCUAUAGUUUGUGGGGAUUUUUAGGAUUAAGGUGUCAUCUAGUUGUUAGUCGGUAAGCGCAUCAUUGAGGAAUCUGUAUUUUGAAACCUUGAAGAAACACAACCAACACGAAUAUCUUGCCCCAGUCUGAAGGACCAAACUAAACUAAACCGCAACAAAUUGCUACACAGCGCAGAUUUCAAUUCACCGAGCAUGUUUUCGAAAUUUUUACACAUAGUUCAAUCAACGGCUGUUCUCAUAUAGCGGAAAAAUCACGGUUUUUACAAAUUCAACAUCUGCAAACAUCACUCAUCAAUUAUCAUCACAACAAAAACAGAACUGUGACUUUAAGCAGUACAUCAGUAAAGAUUCACAUUUUAAGAAUUAAA